GCACGAAUCCAUACUUAGUAAUUUGAUUAAAGCGGCAUAUAGUUCCGAAGCAAAUAAAUUAGUUUUACCCUCUUGUUGUUGAUUCAAAUUUGCUGAGAAUUUGAGAAGUGAAAGAGAAGCAACAUUCAGAAAAAUAAUUGAAUACAUGGUAUUAAAUCUGCACCAGAUUCCUUUCCCUCGGGAAGUAGACAAAACGAUUCAGAUAAAGUCCUUUGCCUUUGGAGAUUCAAUCAUCAAAACCACUCAAUCAGCGGGGCAUGAUUUAGGAAAGGAGGGCUUGCACGAAUGCCAUGGUUAAACAUGCCAGUGCAAAUUGUUGUGAAAAUCUUGGUAGAGAGAAAAAGCAGGGGCUUUGGAGAAUAUGGUGGACAGGAGAGAUCAGUUGGUUGUGAGCAUAGGUUGUUCAAGAUUAGGGGCUGCCCUUUCUUCCCCUAAAUCAUUUUUUGGUGGAGUCAAGAAGUCAUCCUCAGUGCCCAUGUCACCAGCUAUGACUUCUUCAGUUGGCGGUCACAUACACCAGCUCCAGUGCGCAGGCCCAUUUUCAGGGUUCAUUAUCUGUGUAACAGGGCUAUCUAAAGAGGCAAGGAAUCAGGUUCAGGCUGCCACAGAGAGAAUGGGAGGCCACUACAGUCCUGAUCUGCAUCCUCGGUGCACUCAUCUUGUUGUUCAGAGCUUUGGUGGACGUAAAUUUGAGCAUGCCUUGAAGCAUGGAUUGAAACGAGGCCUUUUUAUUGUUACUUUGGCUUGGUUUGUAAAUUGUGUCAAAACCAAUGCCAGGCUGGAUGAAUCAGCUUACAGUGUGAAUAGCAUUGUACAUCCUGGAUUGCCUCUAGAGGAAUUUUCCCAACUUGUCGCAAUCACCAAUGCAGAGCACUCUUGUUUGCCUCUCAUUAGCCAUGAGGAUAGCAAGUCACUAAGCAAGGCUGUGCAACCGUUUUCUCAAUCUUCCAGCAAAGAUAUCUCAAAAAAUGCAGGAUCUGUACUCUCUGGUUACUGUUUGUAUAUUGACAUGGAUGUGCCAAGUGAACUGCAUAAAAAGGUAGCUGAGGCAGCACAAAGAGAAGGUGCAACAUGUGUAGAUCGUUGGUUCAUUGGAUGCAAUGCAACACAUGUAGUAUGUGAGGGUCCAUCAUUUCAAAGAUAUGUAGGCUACACCACAAACCUAGUAACGCCAUUAUGGAUAUUGAAGACAACAAAGGAGAGAUUUGUCCAGCGACUUGUCCAUUUUUCUGCUGACUUGGCUAGACAAAUAGCAAUCAUGUUGGAUAAUUUUCAAAGCAACCAUUUCGUACAGGAUGAAAAUAUUCAUGGACGUGGCUAUGGAAGUAUCUUGUCAAAACAUGGAAUUUGUGAUGAGAAAUAUAUACAGACAGAGGUUGAAGAACGAGAACAGAGAGUAAGUGCAGCCAAAGCAUGUGUUAGAAGGAGGCGGGGACCUCGUAUGCAACCAUGUCGAACAAUACCUCGGCCUUUAACACCAAGCAGCUUGUUGGAUUCAAUAUGUUGGUCAAUAUCUGAGCCAUUCUCUACUGCUUGUAUUUAUAUGGAUAAUCCUGCAAGUACACUAAUUGAAAGUGGACCAGACAUGGAAGGAAAUGACAGGAUGUCUGUAUUCUUUGAUGCACGUGAUAUUGGAAGAUAUUCAGAUGCUCGUAGUGGCAUUUCAGAAGAUGAAGUUCUUACUCGCUCAUUGAAGGAGAGUGAGAAAAGAGAGAUAAUUUACAGGGGUUUAUUUUUGACCAUAUUGUUUCCAAUUGAUCGAUUUGGAGAGAUGGGGCCAUCUUCAAGAACUUUCUUUAGUGAGAAAGGAUUCACACGAAUGCAUAUUUUAGAGCAUAUAUACUCUUUUUACCAGGAAAACAUGUCCCCUGAUGAAAUAGGAGUGUCAAUUCAUACAGAUUCAAAGCAUGCAGACCACCUCAGAUCCCUAUAUGCCAGCAGGGAGGCAGUAGAGCUUGGUUAUGUAGCAAUAAAGAGGAGUGAAUUCAUUGGAAGUCGAAGGAGUUUUGAAGGUUUGAAACGGGUCAGUAGGGAGAACACUGGCCAGGUAUAUGAACUAUGGCUUGGAGCAUGAUAUGCAGAUUAGAGUAUUCCAACUCCUACUUUAGAGUGACAGUUCUAUAUGGAGGGAAGUGUAUAGCCUUGAUUCUGCCAUGAAACAGCAUGAGUGGAUGGAAAUGAUUGAAACAUCAAAUAAGUGAAUUUGUUUGCACCAUCAGGCAUUUGUUUUAUAAUUGUAUAGAAGUUUUUGGAUGGUGAGGAUGCAUUUCAUAUGGUCAUGUUGUAUCCUCCCAAAGUUGUAAUAUAAGAAGCUCUGUCUAAAUAUGCUAGUAUUUGUUAUGAACAAAAGAGGGAUGUAUUUGUACCAACAAAUUUGGGUGUGCCUUAUUGGAAGGGGAAGUAACUACAAAUGUCUUGUUUGUAGAUCGUUGCAAAGCAUCAAGAUGAUGUUUUGCAACCUUAAAUACUUUCAAACAACUAUGCCAGGAUCCUUCUUUUCUUAAACAUUUUUUAGAGUCUGUGACCGUGAAUUUAACCAUGAUGUAACUCGAAGUGCACCUCAUUGAAGUAAUUUACGUGGCAUUCUUAGAAUUUAUUUACCAUUCAUUUAA